AGAGCCAAGCUGAUUUGUUAGCUGGCUAUCUUGGCUGAGUGCUGAUGUCAUUACUUUCCAUCUGAUGGAAGUUCGUCCUGUUCCCAACUGAGUUUUUUUUUCGUUCAAAGAAAUAUGCUGUCUCACACAGGAAGGUGCGUUAGUUAGUAAGCUAGUCAGCCAGUACACUCACUCAAUCAUUCUCUGGAGAGAGGAGUGGGUUGGUCUCUCCAUAAAAUUGUAUGGUAUAAAAGCGGACUGUAAAAUCAGAAGAGUUAUUCGGUUAGCCUCCGAGAUAGAAAGAGAGAGAGAGAGAGAAAGACACAGUGUGUUCACUACAAAUCCAGAGUUGCAGGGCAUUUUAUUUUACACACAGAGACAGACACGCACCACAAGUGGUAGAGCGAUGCAUCUACAAACCGUAAAGUGCGAUAUUAUUUCUCUGAUUGCCUGCUUGCCGUACACGGAAAUUUUCACCGAUGUUCACAUUCGGGCCGAUUUCGAGUCGAUCUUCCGAGCUUACGACCCAGACGCAACCUUUCAGUUUUUUAAGAGUUUUAAGCGAGUGAGAAUCAACUUCAACAACCCCAUCGCGGCGACUGAAGCCAGAAUCAACCUUCACGGGACUGAGUUCAAUGGAAAGAAAAUGAAGCUCUACUUUGCACAGGUCCAGAACAAAUCGUUCAGCAAAGGUGGGCCACACCUGUUGCCCCCUCACCCAGAAAAACAGUUCCUUAUCUCUCCUCCAGCAUCUCCUCCUGUGGGCUGGAAACAAGCCGAAGAUGCCACACCUGUUAUAAACUAUGACCUACUCUAUGCCAUCUCUAAACUGGGUCCAGGAGAGAAAUACGAGCUUCACGCUGGUACGGAGACGACGCCUAGCGUGGUGGUGCACGUGUGUGAGAGCGAUCCAGAGCUGGAGCAGGAGCAGGAGUUGGAGCAGGAGGAGGAGAGAAACAGACCCAAACCCAAGAUCGUUCAGACCAGACGUCCGGAUUUCACCGCUGGCUACUCAAAGUGAAAGUCGGGGGUGACCGCGCUGGCAAGUUUUCUGCAGAAACGAGAAACCUCGGCUGGUAUAGCGAGGAGGGUACCACUGAACUGUGCACGUCAGUAUAAAUAGCGAGCCAGGGCUGAAGUCCCAAUAGUUACUGUAAUCUGUAC